AUAUCCAAACGAAACUAGGGGGAACUCGCAGCGCAGCCGUCAAACAAAAUGCGAAGAAACGUCUUGAUAAAAGAAUACAGGCUCAGUGUUGCCGAAAUUUACUCAUGAUUGACUUUGUUCCUUCGACUAGACUCCACACUCGAAGAAGAAUGUCUCGUCUUUUACUUUAAAGUGCCAGUUAUAUUUGCUUUCGACAAACUGGAAUCAUGUUUACCAGAAAUGACAGUGCUGAGAAACGUUCGUUAUUGGAAAAACCUAACGUUGCGGAUACAAAUCAGAAUGAAGGAGUUGGUUCAGGAGCCAAAUCGGAGACGAAUGUUGUGGGAGGGUCACUUGACGCUGCGACUUUGGGUGCGGCCGCCGCUGGUGGGACGACGAGUGGAGCCGGUAGAGGAGGCUCGGCCGUCCCGACUAUGGGACCUCCGAGCGAUCGUGCUCUUGCUGGAAAAUCUGUGCUCGUAGACGAAGCUUCUGAUUUAGUUCUUCAUUCUUCGAGGUUGGGUGCUGCAUUUUAUGGAUCAACAGAGAUAUCCCAUGAUAGACCACAACAUGACAGAAGUAAAGUACCUCAUAAAGUUCCAUAUUUAAGUUUGUACCGGUAUGCUACAGGACUAGACUGGUUUCUCCUCAUCUUCGGCGCCCUAGGUGCUGUAGUUCAAGGAUCAGGAUGGCCCGUCCUCUAUCUAUUCCUAGGAAUCAUGCUGGACGAUUUCAUUACGUUCAACACUGCCAAUCUAACGCAAGUGGACGUUGAUAAUGUAACCAUGCACACCACAAGAACGUUAUUACAAUUUGUUCCCAGUAUUAAUAACAAUGAAGAGGUGAUUGUAGUGUCGGAUCAGUUUGAGCUGGGCGUCGAGGAGAGUUGUAUACGCUUCGCUCUGGUUGGUCUGGCUGUCAUGAUCUCGUCGUAUAUCCAGACGGCAUCGUUUGGACUGACGGGGGAACGGCAGACCAACCGUCUCAGGAAAGCAUUCUUUCAUUCUAUCCUGCAUCAGGAAAUCAGCUGGUUUGAUUUUCACCAGACAGGAGAGAUCACCUCAAAGCUUUCAGAUGAUAUAGAGAAAGUGAAAUCAGGAUACGGGGAAAACGUAGGAAUAUUUCUUCAAUUCUUAGGACAAAUCAUUGCAGGUUUCAUACUCGCCUUUACUACUAGUUGGGAGCUUACAUUAGUUAUCAUGGCCGUCCUUCCCGUCUUGGUUAUAUCCAGUGGAUUUAUGGCGCACGUGAUAUCAGUAAUGACCAAACAAGAAAUGAAAGCAUACUCACAAGCCGGUGGUGUAGCAGAGGAGGUGCUGUCAUGUAUACGUACAGUGACGGCAUUCGGGGGCCAGAAGAAGGAGCUAGAAAGAUACGAGAAAGAGCUGUUGACGGCAAAGGCAGCGGGAAUCAAGAAGGGUAUAACUAGUGGAUUAGGCAUUGGGAUGAGCUACCUCUUCUAUUCCUGUACUUACGCUCUGUCAUUAUGGUACGGGCCAAAGAUGGUGAGUGAAGGUCGGAUCACUGGCGGUGAUGUCGUUACAGUAUUCUUUUGUAUCUGGUCUGGAUCAGCUUCGAUAGGCAACUUAACGCCAUCGAUUCAUGCCAUAGCAUCGGCUAGAGGAUCGGCCGUUGCCAUCUAUGAUGUAAUCGACAGUGAACCGGAAAUAGACAAGAGGAAAGACAAGGGGAUGAAGCCCAAGUCAGUUGAAGGUCACCUUGAGUUUCGUCAUGUGAGGUUCAGCUAUCCAAUCAGGCAAGACGUACCAGUCCUCCGUGACCUUUCCAUGAAGGUUAACAGUGGUCAGAGGGUGGCCUUAGUCGGGUCCAGUGGCUGCGGGAAGUCGACGAUAGUCAAGCUGCUGCUACGCUUUUACAGUCACACAUCGGGCGAGAUAUGCAUAGACGGCAUUGACAUCCGUGACCUGAAUGUGACCUGGCUGAGAGAGAACAUCGGUGUGGUCAGUCAGGAGCCCACUCUCUUCAACUGUAGUAUAAAGCAGAACAUCGAGUAUGGUCACGAGGGAGUCAGUGAUGCAGAGAUAGUGGAAGCUGCCAAGAAAGCAAACGCUCAUCAGUUUAUCUCGUCUCUACCUAAGGGCUAUGACACUGUUGUUGGAGAACGUGGAGCCCAGCUAUCUGGUGGUCAGAAGCAGAGAGUAGCCAUCGCCAGAGCUCUGGUCAGAAACCCAAGGAUUCUUCUCCUUGAUGAAGCCACCUCAGCCCUGGACAGUGAGAGUGAAAAGCUCGUCCAGGAGGCUCUUGACAAGGCCCAAGAGGGAAGAACAACCCUUGUGAUCGCCCAUCGUCUAUCAACGGUUCAGAAUGCGGAUCUCAUCAUUGUCAUCAAGGAAGGCCACGUAGCCGAAUCAGGAAACCACAAGGAGCUUAUGAACAAAGAGAGUAUCUACCGUCAGCUUGUCACACUACAGAUGUUCAAAAAGCGAGAUGACUUCAUUAGUGACGACGACGCAAGGAGUCUUGGCCGACAGUCCUCUCUCAACGAAUCUGUGCCAUCAUCCCCAUCAUCAGACUCGGUCAAGUACAGCAGUGCUAACGAUGAACUCAUUGUAUCGCUGAACGGCAAUGGUAAACUCCACAUGGAAGAAGAAGAGAUUCCAAGCAAAGGCAAGAAAAAGAACAAGAAACGAAAGAAGGAGAAAUCCAAAACAAGCGUGCCUGAGCUAUCCUAUCGUGACAUCUUGAGACUGAAUGCUCCCGAGUGCCACUACAUCAUCAUCGGCUGCAUCUUUGCUGCGUUUCUUGGGGCAGCCCUACCCACCUUGGCUAUUCUUCUAACAGAGAUCAUCAGAAUAUUCAGUUUACCCCCGAAGGAGAUUCCAGCUGCAGCGUCCUUCUGGUCCUUGAUGUUCAUUGUGUUGGGUGUGGUGAGGGCCGUCAGUAUCUUCAUCAGUAUGCUGAUGUUCAGCAUCUCUGGAGAACUCCUAACCCUGAGGCUCAGAAAGAAGGCAUUCUGGGCGAUCUUAAGACAAGAUGCUGCCUGGUUUGAUGAACCUCACCAUAACACAGGUUCUUUGGCUAAUGUUCUUGCUACCGAUGCUUCCAACGUUCAAGGGGCUACUGGUCUCCGCAUCAGUACCCUCAUCCACGAGUUCGUCACAGUCCUCAUCGCCGUCAUCAUCGCCUUCGUGUAUGGAUGGCAGCUGGCUCUGUUCACAAUGUGCGCCGUUCCUCUCAUGACGCUAUGGGGACGCAUUCAGAUGGCAAUGUUAACAGGGACCCAGAAACAAGACUCGCAUCUACUCCAAGAAGCAUCAAAGAUUGCAAGUGAAGCGGUAGAAAAUAUCACAACAGUAUCAUCCCUUAUGUUGGAAGAAAGAAUAUACCAUUUCUACUGUGAGAAGCUGCGUGAACCGCUCAAGAAAAUCCAGAAGCACAAGUUCUUCUUUGCCUUUGCCGUAUGUUGCUCCCAGGCAUCUGUCUUCUUCCUCUUUGCUGCGGCCUUUAGAUUUGGUGGACAUCUGGUGGCUAUUGGUCAAAUGUCUUCAGAUGCCAUGUUCAAGGUUAUCAUUGUCAUCACCUACGCAGGUAUUGCAUUAGGUCAGGCAGCUGCGUUCAUGCCGGACUUCAGCAAGGCUAAACUUUCGGCAGCCAAGCUCGUCAACCUGAUAGCUCUCAAACCACCUAUCGACAACUACUCAACAGAGGGACUUAAACCAAAUAAGAUCGAUGGCUACAUCAAGUGCAAUAACUUAACCUUCAGGUAUCCAAACCGUCCUGGAAGCACCAUCUUAGACAAUCUUAACCUGAAUAUCAAACCUGGCCAGACGAUGGCGCUGGUCGGAGAGAGCGGUUGCGGCAAGAGCACCAUGGUAGCGCUAAUGGAGCGCUUCUACGAUCCAAACUUUGGAUGCAUCCAACUUGACGGUAAUGACCUGCGUGAGCUGAACAUUGGCUGGCUACGGUCUAACAUGAGUAUCGUCAGUCAGGAGCCGGUGCUGUUUGCAUGUUCUGUCAGGGAUAACAUCGCCUAUGGAGUGGAGGAGGAUCUUCCUCAGGAGGAAGUGGAGAGAGUAGCAAAGAUGGCUAACAUUCAUGAUUUCAUCGUCUCUCUGCCUUUGGGUUAUGACACAUUGGUAGGAGAGAAAGGAGCUCAGCUGUCUGGAGGUCAGAAGCAGAGAGUCGCCAUUGCCAGAGCUCUAGCAAGGAAUCCUCGUAUCCUUCUCUUCGAUGAAGCCACAUCAGCACUGGACACAGAAAGCGAACAGAUCGUCCAGACAGCAUUAGACAAUGCAAUGGAAGGACGAACCUCGAUCGUCGUAGCCCAACGUCUGAACACCAUCCAGAACUCGGACCAAAUCGCUGUCAUCAGGGACGGAAACAUCGUAGAGCAAGGGCGCCACCAGGAGUUGGUUUCGAGAAAGGGCCACUAUUACACACUCACCAUGGGCCAACAUAGCUAGGAGAAACUCAAUCACCUUUGAUGUAAUUAGUAUCUGUGUUAAUAUUUACUUUCACCAGACUGCGAAGACGGGAUUUAUGUUUUUUGAAGUAGCCUACAGCUUCAUCCCUCUCCUUGGGAUGCUAUCUGAAUAUUAUUAUCAUCUUCGUCAUCGUCGUCGCCAUCAUCAUGGAUCUAAUAAUUUAUGUAUGCAGCUAGACUAUUAAGUAAUCUGUCUCUAUCUCGCUCACCUUUUAAAGAGAGCUCAUUGCCUCAACGUGCCUUUAAUGAAGGCUAAGAGAUUAUGUACUGCUUCUGACAAAAAUUGUUUUAUUUCUUGAUAUCUUACUUUAGUUGUACUGAAAUUGGUCUUGCCAGUUUAUAUGUAAGCGAAUCACGCACCUUUAUAAAGAGUCGAAUUUAGAAUCAAUUUAAUAUGUGAUGUACUGUUCAAAGGAUGUCUUUAUUAAGUGUGGUACUUGAUAGUUCAUGCCAAAAUUUGUUAGAAAUUCAUCAAUUAUGAAAAUGCAUCGACAUUGUCAACAUCGCAGCGUUAUGUUCUAAUUGACCAAGUCAUUAAUUCACAGUACUAUAUCAAGGUACUUCUCGACCCAUUUGUCCCUAAUAUGUUCACACAUCCUUCAAUAUAACAUCAUCUAGGAUUAGGUACACCCUUUGUAGUAUCAGCAACCUUUACAAAGACGGAGAUUGUUGUCUUCACUUUGACACAGUUUCCAUACAUAUAGUACUACUAUAACAAUGCAAGGCAGUGUCCCUAUCUCACAAAGAAUUUCAAUUGAUCCGAUCAAUGGUAACGAUGGGAACCGAGCGAUGCCAAAAUCUAGAAUGCAUAAAUCAGUUCAAAGUGAUUGAAUUAUGCCACUGCUCUUCAGAAUCAUACAAUCAAACUGUUCAGAAGUCCAUUACAAUGAAAAAUAGUAUGGGGCCCUGUUGCAUAAAACUUUGCCAUUAAUGGUAACUACCACUGCUUAACACUGUCCAAUGGCAAAUAGAGCUCAUGCUACGGAUGUUACAAUUGAUUGCAAAGUGACUGUGAGAAGUAACUUGGCCAUGCCUACAAUAUUCUUUGACGCGUGUAACAUUUUGUGUAGGACUUGCCCUUAGAUAUCUGAUUCUUAAAGACCACUGAAUAUUCGCACAAAUUGAAUUAUUUUUUGAAAUGUUGAAAUUAUUUACAGUAAUAAUGAGUAAUGUAUUAAACUUUUCAUGUGAUUUAUAUGAAGAUAUGAUCAAUGUUAGCACACAAACCUCUGUACUAAAAAUCAACUUGGACUUUUGUGUGAGGUGGUUACGGAGGUCAAUUUCUGUUAAGGUUUAUCAUUAUGCCUGGUGCCUAGCCAAGAGUUUGAAAGCCGUUAGAUCGUGAGAUGAAUUAUAAUCUUGACAUAAUCAGGGGAUAUUUAUUGAUAAUUGAUGACGGGCAGAUAUAUGUGGAGCAAUAUGAUUUUUUUUAUCUCUGUGGUGUUCUUAAAUCUUCGAAGAUGGUGCGAAUUCUCUGGAAAUAUGACUCUAUAAGUGACUGUGUAAAUAGGUGUUUCUCUGUCGCAUGCAUUGUCAUACAUGAUUCUAAAUACUACAAUUCUAGAUAUCACAAGCUGAUUUCAAACAUGAUUAUAAAAAUGAUUUGUAAUAUGACGCUUGAUAUGAAUUACAAAAAAAAGUGUUAAUAUAGAUUGAAUUAUAUAUAUUAAACUACGUGUCAAUUUUUGUGAUUCUCUAUGCACCUAGUGUUAUGUAAAGUAAUAACAAGAAAAAUUAGCUGUUUUCAUGGAAAUAUUUUAAAACUGCAAAACUAUUUGAAUGAUUUCAACGUUAAAAGAUCAAAAGCAGAUAGCACUUUAAGAUGAUGUAAUUGUUUUUACCCUAUAUGAUAACUCAUUAUUAUCAUAUGCGUAUUGCACUUCUGGCAUCCUCUUUAAUAGGGCUUUGAAGAUAGAAUUGCAUGGGGAACUGAUCACAGAUAUCAGCUGGUACAGUGAGUGCUCCAAUCUUCUCGUAUUUUUACCUGUAUCACUUUCUAAGGGAACUAACUUUAUCUACAGUCAAUGAAAAUUAUUUCUGAGGUUGAUGAAAGGUGCAUUUUAAGUUAAAAUUCACACAUUAAGUCUUGUAAUGCAGAGGAUGUGUUUUUCUCCUGCAUUUUGCUCUGAACAUUCCUCUUCAAGUUUUCAUGAAUUCAGGGAGCAUUUUAUCAUUAAGUCCCAUGUAUUGUAUCUUGUGUCAGUGCAUAUCUAUAUGUGUGUUUGGUUUGGAGAUUUGAAUCUAAAUGUCAAUUCUGGCUUCUACAUAGACUACAUUUAGCAGUUUGCCAUCCCUUUCAUGCUCACUCAUGCAUAGAUGCACACAGUAAAUAUUUAAAGAUUUCUGCUUAAAAAGCAGUAUUUAGAGUAUUUUCUCUUUCACAAUUCUGCAAAUAGCUUUUUUUUUCUCACAUGCAUUUUACUCAGAACCACUUUUCCCCUCAAUUUUUUUCAUUAUUAUUUUUUUUUUGCUGCUGUGUAUGCUAAUUUCUGAUAAAUUUUUGUGUUCGCCUUGUUUCUCUCCAUUUCACUUUUACUACAAAAAACAGUAUCUGUUCAUUAUCUAUCUCUGUCUUAGUACUAUGAAAUAACUCAGUUUGUAAAUAUUGACAAUGCUGUAAAUAACUUCAAACCAGAAGUAUGAGUAGGGAGGAAAACUUAUACGAGUUCAAUUUUGUGAUCCCUAAAUUGGCAAUACGUUUCAUUGCAAUGUUUAUAGAUGUAUAUGCAUUAUUAUAUUUUCACUAUUAUUGCCAAUCAGGAACAAUUUGUUGAUAACAUAUUUGUAAUGACAAUUAUUAUACCUGUUUGUGGGGAUUUCUUAAGAAUCACAAUUUUAUGAAAAGCUUAAUAAAUUGAGUUUAUAAUUUUAUAUUAUUUAUAAUUCUUGAAUAUAAAGACAAUGCAAUUAGUUUACAAUAUUUUAUAUAUUACUCUUAAUUUGAAGAUUAAUGUUGAAACUGUUUUAGACUACAUAUAAUUAUACAACAUUGUAAGACUUCAUGCACUAAUUUAUAAAUUAUGAAAUGAUUGAUAUUGUGAAGUGUGUGAUAUGCGUAUCUAGCUAGUCUGCAGGCACAGACCUUGGGUUUUUGCAUCUAUAGUGCAAAAUACAGAGUCUAAAAUAGUGAGACUAAAUUCAGUCUAGACAUGACAUUAUUUGUUCGUGUCACAUUUGAGUCUGCUCGCAGACAAGUCUCUCGCCUUAAAUUAUGAAAUCAAUUUGGGCAUUAAGUACAAUGGACCUUUAUAACAAAAAAAAAUUCCUGCCAGCUAAAUUAUAGAUUCACAAGUAGUUGUAAAAAGGAACAGCUUUGCAGAUACCAUACUCCACAUGAACAAACAAAAAAUAACUAGAUCUUGUUCAUUGAAAGUUUUGAGCAAAUCACUAAUAACAGAGUUGUUGAUGCAAAAGAGAAGUAUUAGCAAUAUACAUGUAUAUACAUGUGCUUUGAAACAAGGAGUUUUAACAAAGUUUGAGUUCACCGAACAAAUGUCAUAAGCCACUGAAAUUGUUGCAUUUGAUUGGUUGGGAUCAGCUUUGUCAGAUAAAAUCAAUAGAGUUCUGAAGUGUGACGUUAUCAAUUUUCCCCUUUUUGCAUUUCAGCGCUUUUUAUAGCAUAUUUUGGUAGAGCAUGAUGAACCCCCCCCC